AUGAACCCUGAAUUCACGGUCAACAUAUCUGAUACGGGUGCUACAACUUCAUUCUUCUCUACCUAUGUUCCUUCAUCCAUCUCUCCCAUUCGUAAUGAUGAUCCAAAUAUGAUCUUUGGGGAUGAUGGUGAUGAUGAUGAUCUUGGCGGAUUCACUUAUAGUCCAUUUAUGAUCAGGACUGAAAGUGAAGAUGAAGCCACAGUUUCUAAAGGGCAGCUUAAAGCAAUUCACGAGAAACUUGACCAACUGCUUCUUGCCUCCAAGGCUUACUCCUUUGACGCCUAUUCAAAAGAAAUAGUUGAGUCAUUGUUUGAGAAUAUAACGAAAGAACAUGUUGCGAAUGCUGCAAAUAUGAACGCAUCAGUUUUGGAGUCUACUGAUGUUUGCAAGUCUACGACCGAAAAUGUCAAUAAACUAAUUACUGACACAACCACUGUCAUGUAG